GUAUAAGAUACAUACAAUAUGUGUAACAGCACCGUGUCUGGUCUUUUCCGAUAAGCUCGUUCAUUGUUUCAAUGGCGACUUCAAAUCUUUCUCCUUCUUAAUCAUCAUCUUCUUUCUUUCUCUUCUUUUUCUUUCCAUCCAAACACAUCACACAAUUCUCAUAUAUAUAUAUAUAUAUAUUCACUCUCUUUUUGUUUCUCACCAACCCUAGACCAUUCUUCUCUUGUACACACCUCACUCUCUUUCUCUCUCUCUCACUAUACUUUACUUGUUCAACAAAAAAAAAAAAUCUACAAUUUCAGAAAUUCAGCAAUUCCCUGAAAAUCAGGCAGCAAAGAAGGAAGUGGUUUCAGUGUUUUGCUUUUGAAAGCGUUUUGUUCUGCAAAACUGCAAAAAGCUAAACAAGGUCCUCCUGACUUGGACUGUGAUAUAUCAGAGAGUGUAAAAAAAGUCCUUUUUAUUAUCACUAUACAGCCAAACAAGUCUCUGAAUUUUCAUCAUCAAUGCAAAGGACAUGUUAGCUAGCUAAUAGCUAACCCCACAGUCACAAACACACACAUUCUCUCUCUCUUUUCUCUUUCUCUCUCUCUAUAGAGAUAGAAAGAAAAAAAAGGCCAAGUUGGUUUGUUUUUGGAAAGGCAUGAUUUUGGUAUGGAGGAGGAGGAUGAGAUUCAAGCACAAAAUUCAUGUAAAUUCCCAAGAGUUGAAAAUGAACAAGAGAAUGGGAAUUUGAACAGGUUCAAUAGUUGGCACCAUCAUUCCUCUAGGAUCAUAAGGGUGUCAAGAGCUUCUGGUGGAAAAGAUAGGCACAGCAAGGUUAUGACUUCAAAGGGUUUAAGAGACAGAAGGGUUAGGCUUUCUGUUACAACAGCUAUUCAGUUCUAUGAUCUUCAAGAUAGGUUGGGUUAUGACCAACCUAGUAAAGCUGUUGAAUGGCUUAUAAAAUCUGCUUCUGAUGCUAUUUCAGAAUUACCUUCACUCAACAACUCAUUGUUCACUGAUCCUAGUGAUCAACAAGGUGGUGUUGAUUCAUCUCAUGAUGCUGAAAUGGUUGUGGAGAAUAAUGGUGACAACAAUUAUCAUCAAAAUCAAAGUCAGAAUCUUUCUUUGUCUAAAUCUGGUUGUAGUAGCACUUCUGAGACUAGUAAGGGUUCGGGUUUAUCGCUUUCGAGAUCUGAUGUUCGUGUCAGCCGGGUUAAGGCGAGGGAGAGAGCGAGAGAAAGAACGGCGAAAGAGAAGGAAAAAGAAAAUCAUGAUAGUGUUAGUGUAAGUGUUAAUCCUCUUCAUCAUCAACAUCAUCAACACCAGAAUGUUAAUGUUAACUCUUGUUCGAUUUCUCAAACGGCUUCGUUCACCGAACUUCUUACCGGUGGAAUCAACAAUGUAGCUGCAAGGAGUCCAAGAAGGUCAGUUGAAGAAGCUAAUUUCUUCAACAAAGCUCGACAACAACAGCAGCAACAACAGCAAUGGAGUUCUUCUUCAGCACCAAUGGAUCAUUACUUUAGUCCAGUGCUAAUAGGAACUCCUUCAUCAUCAAGAACACAUCAUCAUCAUCAACAACAUCAUCAAUUAGGACAUUCACUUCAUGAUCAUCAAUCCAUGACAAUGUCCAACUCAGUUUCACCGUUCAGUAGCGGUGAAAACCAUUCUGCAGAUCAGCAUCAGCAUCAGAUGCAGCAUCAGUUUUCUUUCAUACCUGAUCAUGUGAUGCAAAACGUGGUCACUUCUUCUUCUACUCAACCAAGCGGGAACAACCAUAAUAACGAUUAUAAUCUCAACUUUACGAUCUCAUCGGGCCUUGCUGGUUACAAUAGGGGGACCCUUCAGUCCAAUUCACCGUCUCUUUUAUCUCAUCUUCAGAGGUUUUCAGUUUCAUCUUUAGACGGAUCCAACAAUCUACCUUUUUUCAUGGCAGGAGGAGGAGGCGGUGGCGCUUCCACUUCUUCCUCUCCUGCUUCUGGUUCACCUGCUCCUACUACAAUGGAGAAUAAUCAUCAUCAUCAUCAUCACCAUCACCAGAUUCAACAAAACCAUCCAUUUUCAUCUGUUUUUGAUGGUAGCAGCUUGCAACUCUACUCAGAUCAGAAAGGAAAACCCAAAAACUGAAAACCCUCCAUUUUCUUCCUCCAGGACUUCAAAAAAAUGGAGUACUAGCAGCAAGAUGUGGUUCCUGUUAAAGCUUAUUUUCACCAAAACAGUUGAUAUGCUAGCUGUUGGCUUGUUGGUUUUUUUCUUGUGGGUUUUAUUUUGAAGUCAUUCAAUUUGGUUCAGUGUUUUUGGAUAUAAUUAAAUAUAUUUAUUUAUUUAUGUCUGUGUGCAAAGAUCAUUGUGGUUUGGAGAAUUGUAAAAGCUACUUAAUUU